AAAUGAUCGCGUGCUCGUUUUUGCUUCCAUAGUAACCACAUCAUGUCAAAAUCGAGGUUAAGCUUUGGCUACACAUGGAAAGGCAACGUGAGGUACCGUGAAUAAUUCUAAGCAAUCGCAGGACGCCGUUCACAGCAAAAUGCCAAAAAAGAAGAAUAGAAAACUGGACGCCAUUUUCAAUCCAACGGGAGGGCUGACGCCAUUAAUGGCUGCGUGUCAACAACAGAAUGAAGACACCGUGAAGAUGUUACUUCAAAGCGAGUAUCCAGCAGCAGAGAGAGACAAAUCGGGUAAGACGGCACUGCACUACUGCAGCGAGAACAGAAAUUCGCGCUGCGCGAUGCUGCUUUUGGACACAGAUCCGUCAUUGAUCGACGUACAGGACGAGGAAGGUCACUCCGCACUGCAUCUCGCCGCCAUAUGCGGCUCUCUAAAGGUCUUGAGAUGCCUGCUGGAGUAUGGCGCUGAUGUUCAGCUGAGCGAUGGGGAGGGACAUACUAUCAUGCAUUGGUGCGCCGUUUGCGGUCAAGUAAAAAUGAUAGACCUUCUGAUUGACUGUGGCGCAGAAGCGUCUUCCGCCGAUAUUCAUGGUGCCUAUCCUCUACACUAUGCCGCGCAGAUGUGCGGUUCGAAUGACAUGGGCAACGAUCCAGAGCUUGGUCUAGCUACGCUACGGACAUUUCUACAGCGAGAGAUUUCUACCAACUGUUCAGAUAAAGAUGGUAGACAGCCAUUGUUUUGGGCCGCAUGCGCAGGUUCCAGUGAUGCCUGUGAGAUGCUGGUUAACUUUGGCGCGGAUACGCAUGCGACGGAUAAGGAAGGAUUGGCGGCGUUGCACAUCACAUGCAGCCUCGGCCACCAGGACUGCGCCCAGGUGCUACUAGAUAAGGGCAAUGCAGACGUCGACUCGUUAGAUCACACCGGCAAGUCGCCACUCUUCCACGCCGCGAUGCAUGAUCACCCGCAUUGCGUCAAUAUGCUGCUGGAGCACCUCGCCAACCCGAACUUGAGGGACAGCGAUGGCAGAAGCGCCGCGCACUAUGUCGCAUCGCGGGGAAUCUUGUCAUGUCUGCAGUUACUACACGAGAAUAAGAUCGAUCUGAUGAUGCAAGACAAGAACCUAGAAACACCUCUGCAUUACGCCAUGCAAGCCGAUCGGAUAGAUAUUGUACAGUUCUUAUUCAACGCAAACAAGAAAACGAUUACUAGGGAUGUCAACCGAGGCAAUAUGCAUGGGAGAACGUGUCUUCAUCUGGCAGUUAAAAACGACAACUUGGAAAUGUGUCAACUAUUGCUAGAGAAAAAGGCAUUUGUUAACCCCCUUUGGCGAAAUAGAAGAAACUACAUAACACCGUUUGACAUGGCAAUCAUGAAGGGACACAAGGAGAUCGCCGACUUUCUUAAGAGCAAGGGCGGCCGCACGGGAAGCUUCGUCAGUGACAAGGCAGCUCGCAUAAUCGUGAAUUCAUUGCGCAUGGUCAUUUACAAGCUACGGAGAAAGUGCCGAGAUAGUAACAUGUCCUUCUGCUCGAGUCCUCGUGCUCCUAGUCAGAUAUCGCGGCGCUCGGAGGUGUUCAGCCUACAGCCCGGCUCACGGCUCUCCGGUCUUCUGCACAAAGCUCUCAGCAUGCAAGGUAGCGCCGGCUCAGGCCACACCGAGCUCAGUAAGACCACAUCGCUGCAGCCGCCAACUCUCGACUACAGCUCGCAGCCAUCGUCGAAGCAGCACUCCCCGUCCGGAAAGAAACCCCCCAAAAUGUACCAGCUCGACGCGAAUCCGGUGCUCUCACUAAAAUCGCCGUAUAGAGGCGUUAAGAUGCGGACGCCCACGGACGUGAGAGAUCGACUCCGAGCGGAGGCGGGCAAAUACACGCUGUCCGAAACUAAGUCGCCAGCGCAUAGCAUUCACGCCAAGGCCGACAGUGUGACGAAUUCGGGCCGCAGCGGCGUCCGUGGUGCGGACAGCGAAAGGCCAGGCCAUGCUGUCGUCGAACGCUUGGGAUCUCUGAAGAAAAAAGUCAUGGGCGAAACUUAGGCUCGAACGUACGUGGUGUUCUCACCGGAGACCGCGUACAAGCGUGCGGGGACUCUCAAAGCCAGUGCAGGCGUGGUAGAGGAGGCCAGGGCAAGAGAAGGGAAAUGCCGCCGAGCUGAUAGUGCGACGCAGAUAAUUAUAGAGAAGGGGCACACGCAUUUCACUAUCGAAUCUCUUAUUCUCUAGUGAUACCGAUAAUCGUGUGGCCAAAUUAUAACAUACAUUGUGUGUGUGUGUGUGUGUGUGUGUGUGUGUGUGUGUGUGUGUGUG